AUGUUGAUGAUUGAUGGAAAAGAGGAGGGGGAACCGACGAAGACAAAAAACAACAACAAUAAAAAGAGAGUGGGAGGAUCCUUUCUCUCCUUUUUUUAUGCGUGCAUGUACGUAUGUAUGUUUCUGUGUUUGUAUGUGUGUGCGCGACGUCUCCCUUCAACGUGGGUGACGACGACUGCCACACUUGACGUGACGAGUGUUGUGAGGGACAUGAUUCUUCUCAAGACACACACACAAAAAAUGUAUAUAUACAUGUAUACAUUUAUCUUUUUUGUUUGUUUGUUUUUGUGCCUUGCGGUUCUUCCUCUCCUCCCUUUUUUUUUUCUCUCUCUUAUUGGUUUGGUUCAUAGUAGUAACAUGACGGGUGUCUUUUUUCCUUUUCUUUUUUUUUUUUUUUUUUUUUUUAUUGUGUGUGUGUGUGUGGGAGGGGUUUGCCCGUGA